AAUUUUUAUCAUGCUUUGAAACCGAGCAACAGCUCCGUGGUGUCGCCGCCGGCCGGGAGUGCCUCCGCGUUACAACAAGUUCAACAAUCAUUGUUUGGUAAGGCUCGAAGUUUGAAGAUUUGGGUACCGAAUUUAGCGUUUUUUUUUUUAUUCGCUGGGACUAUUUGGUGAUGCUUUCGUAAAGGGGUCUGGGGCGUUCGAGUGCAUGUGUGACUGCUAUUGGUUUGAGUAUCUGCAUCACAUGGAGAGAAAUGCUGCAGCUUGUGCUAUGGAAUGGAGUAUUGAGCUGGAGAAGGCUCUUCGUUCAAAGAAACCAGGUCGGGCUGUUGAAGCUAUACUUCAGAUUGGAUCUCGACUUCAGCAAUGGAGUAGAGAGCCAGAGCCAAAUAUAGCAGUAUAUAAUAUGUUUGACCUUGUUACUUGGGAGGAUAGGCUAUUUUCCAACACUAUUCUCCUACGGCUUGCCGAUGCGUUUAAGUCUGAUGACAAACAUAUUAGAGUUGCAGUUGUUAAGGUAUUCUUAUCCGAGCUCAAUAGCCGUGACAGGACAAAAAGUAAACAAUACCAAGGGGUUCUUUCAAAGGCCAGAGUGCAAAACCACCAUGAAUUACUGACUCGAGUAAAGGUUGUUCUUGGUGGAGGGGAUCCUGAGGCUAGGGCUCUAGCUUUGAUUCUAUUAGGAUGUUGGGCACAUUUUGCAGAAGGCAGUGCCCAGAUACGUUAUAUGAUACUUUCUAGCAUGCUAUCUUCUCAUAUUUCGGAGGUUAAAGCAUCUAUAUUUGCUGCAGCAUGCAUUAGUCAGUUAGCAGAUGACUUUGCGCAAGUCUUCUUAGCGAUUUUGGUUAAUAUAAUGACUUCUACUACAUCCUUGGCCAUCAAAAUGGCUGGAGCUCGAGUGUUCGCGAAAUUGGGAUGCUCACAUUCAAUGGCCAAAACGGCUUACAAGGCUGGACUCGAGCUCGCCUCAAACUCUAGUGAAGAGGAUUUUUUGGUUGCAAUGUUAUUUUCUCUAUCCAAACUGGCUUCGAAGUCAGUAUUUAUUAGUUCUGAGCAGGUGAAAUUUCUUUGCUCGUUUCUUAGCGACAAAAAGUCUGCGCGUGUGCAAGAAACAUCUUUAAGAUGUUUGCGUUUUAUUUUCAUGAAAGGAGAAUGCCUGUUUACUAAUAUGGAAUCUGUGGUCAGAAUUUUAGUUGAUGCACUGGAUGAACCCAUGCUAACGACUACGUCACAUUGUGACGUUCUACGGCUGUUGCGAAAGAUUAUUUUCUACGUGCGGCCAAACCCGUCUUUUUUGGAUGCAAAUGAAUACUCUAAACUGGUAAAAGCUGUGGAGAGUGCAGCCCAAUCUCGAGUGAUGUUAACGAGCCUCCACGCUGUCCGUUUAUUGGUCGAUUUAUCAUUACAGCUUUCUGGAAAAAUGGAAGUUGAAUCAGGAGUUAGUUCAUUCUCUUUGUUGCCAGAACAGGUUAUUUCACUAAUCAUGGAUCAAAUUACAUCAUUGUUAGUAGAUCUUUCUCAGUUAAAUUCUGAAGUGUUUCAAGAAAUUAAAGGGCUGCUAAACCUUCUCCUGCUCAUUGUUAGAGAACAUUCAGAUCUGUGGUCUUUUCUUUUGGAGAAAAUUUGUUUUACUGUUGAAUUAAUUAUGAAUAUGCAUGAAGGUGUCUUUGAUAGGCAGCAAAUAGAUAUGGACGUUGAAGGCGACAAGAAAAAUGAUAUUAGCUUGAGAUUUGCAUUCAUUCUAUAUGGAUUUAUGGCAAUCUGCGUCGGUCAUCUGGGUCAAGUUGUCGGUAUCACCUCUGAAAUAUUUGACAAGGUGAAACUAUUGGUCAAGAGCGUAUGCGAAGGCGUUUUGUUUAGUAGCCAUUCCUUGCUAUUGAACUGUAAAUUCAUUUUGAGUUGUAGGAUAACUGAGGAUUUUAGGAGCUGCAAUAACGACGGGUUCCCACGUUUCACUUUUUGUGAAAAAUUGACCGAAAACGAGAUUUUUACUCUUCAGUGUGCAAAGAAGUUGCUGAAAAAUGGGGAUGAAUGGCCCGCUUACAAGGCGGGGAGACACGCAGCAUGUCAUGGAUCGUGGUUUGCUGCUACCUUGAUUUUUGGCCAUUUAUCUUCAAAGGUUCGCUCUGGUUUCUUCGAACACUGGUUGAAAUCAUUGUUUCAGUUUGCUCUUGCGGAAAGAAAAAUCCAGUUACUAUUGUUACCACAAUAUGGUUCUGGCUUGAUAAACUGGUUAGAGCAGGAAACAAUUCUGAACUUGUUCUCCACUGAAGAACAGAUAAAACAUCAUCAUGCUGGGAGUAUCUCUGAGGGCAUUUACUAUGACAAGCUUUUGGAGGCCUACCAGUGUCUUUGCUCAUCAGGUGAGGCCUUAAAAUCUUCGGUCGACACACCCGUUCAAGCAUUUUGUUUCCAGAGAUGGUUUUUGUCGUUAAGAGCUAAGAUGUUAGGAACUAUAGGGAGCAUAGUGAAGCUGUUGCUAAACGUUCCAUAUUCGACAAAUGAUACUGCUGCUAUACAUGAAACUGUGGAAGAAUUUAGUAAAUUAUCAUUAACGUUCGAGAGGUUGUCCCAUGAAUUCGACCUCAUUGGUACAACUUUUAUUGGAAUGGACACCGAGAAUUUGAACGUUAUUUCAGCCCUUGCACUGAAUUGCUCUCUGUUGGCCUUCUGUACUGGUUUUGCCUUUCGUGUUCCGAAUUUGGCUACGUCUCUUUUAACUGAAAAUGUGGAUGACUUCAGAACAUUACGUUCUGUACUCAUUCGAAAUCUGAUUGGCAGGCUGUGGUCGGUAGAUCGUGAAACGAGUAAACAGCUUACCGAGCUUUUCAACGCCACUGGAGGACCGAAUAACUGUUUGCAUUUGCUUUUGAGAAACAAGAUAUUAGACAUGGGGUACGAAGUAAGAGGUAUCUCGACUCUCUGUCGAUAUGCUGUUUCUGAGGUCAUCCGUUCGCAAAGCAAGUCAAAUGGAAUGGAUGAGGGGACAGUGCUUCGAGUUAUGGAGGAUGGCAUGCAGUUUUUAUCAAACAUUCUUAUGCAGUGGAUAAGCAUUCCAUUCCGAGUGCCCAAGUGCUUCUUUUGUGUAAGGCCUUGCAUUGGCUCUGAACUCUACGCCACGACCGAUGCUCGUAAACUGGAUGGAAUAUCCAUCCCAUUCGGCUUCCACCUAUCGUUAAACCUUUGUCUUCAACUGAAAAACAUUCCACCUAAUACAUCGGUUCGAAUCACCAGGAUGUACUGCAUUUUGUAUUGUGGUUUGUCCUUCCAGGAACCUAAGCACAACGAGCAAAAACAGCAGGCCUACGAAGCAUGGGAAGACGACGACAUCGUAGAAAUGCAAAACAAACUGUUGCAUUACGUGACCGAGUCGAGCAAAAACGAGGUAUGUAUCAGCCAGGGGAAAACAUCAAGUUCUUGCAGAACUGAGAGGGUGGUUCAAGCAUUUGUGAAGUUUGAACCCAAUGAGAAAGGGCAAGGAUUCUCAAAUUGCUUGCUUGAUGUGUCUCGUUUUCCUGUAGGUAGCUAUAGAAUCAAAUGGUAUAGCUGUUGUGUUGACAGUGAGGGGUGCUUUUGGAGCCUUCUCCCUUUGAGUCCUGGACCAUUGUUCACUGUCCAUCAACUUCCAUCAGCUGGGUGAUUUUUCAUUUGGCUCUCACCCAUUCAUAUAUCUACCUCACAGCAGAAUCUCCAAUAUUUCGACUCGAACUUGGAGUUGCUUUUAGCUGGUCGGGUUAUCGGCCUGCAAACCCCUUUUGCUACCACACUAUUCUUUCGCCAAGCGUUCAGCCUAAACUUUUAAUUUUAUCAAAUUAUACUCCAAAGUUAGAUAAAUGUUGUAAUUUUAACUCUUAACAAGUUAUUGCUCUAAAUGUCGUUGAUUAUCUUUUCUAAUU